AUGGCAUCUAGCAGCUUCAUGCUUCAGGCACCACCAAUCUUCGAUGGUGAUAAUUAUCUCAUUUGGUUCGUGAAAAUGAAAGCAUACCUCGGGGCUUUUGGUCUUUGGGAUGUGGUGGAGACUGGUGGAGAGCCACCUGCCUUGCCAGCCAACCCCACCAUCGCGCAAAUUAAUCAGCACAAUGAGGAAGUGGCUAAACCCUACAAAGCACUGUCCUACAUACAUUCAGCAGUGACAGACGCUAUAUUUACUAGAAUAAUGACUUGUGAGACUCCUAAAGAAGCAUGGGACAAGCUGAAGGAGGAGUUCCAGGGGUCGGAAAGGACAAGGCAAAGACAAAUCCUUAAUCUAAUGAGGGAGUUCGAAGUCUUAAAGAUGAAGGAUAAUGAGCCUGUCAAGGAAUAUAUUGACAAACUCGUUCUAAUUGUUAAUCAGGUGAGGCUACUGGGUGGAGAUAUGCCAGAAAAAAGACUGAUAGAAAAAGUACUCGUCAGUAUUCCAGAGAGGUUCGAGUCCAUUAUUUCUUUCUUGGGGUGGUCUAAGGACCUUUCUAAGCUCACUCUCACAGAGGUGGUUGAUGCUCUCCAAGCCUCAGAGUAUAGAAGAGCCAUAAGGCUUGAUGAAAUCACUGAAAAUGCCCUGCAUGCAAAAGAGGAAGGACAGGAAACAAGGUCAGUUUGGUAA